UUGGGGUGCACAUAACAAAGGGCUUAAUAGAGAAGAGGGUCUAAGGAAAGUGGCUCUGUUCCGUUCCUCGUUCUUCUGAAUCCGAUCUCACCACCUUUAACCCAUAUCUCAAUUUGAGUUUUGAGUCAUUGUCACCCUUCACACAAUCUCCCCAAACCAUUCCUUUCUCGGAAACCCAAUUUUUUGCAGGAGUGGGAAAGAUUCAGACUAUGAUUAUGCUCAAUUGUUCCCUCCAAAUUACUUGAAUGUGGAGAAUUUAUCAAUGUGCAUCACAAGUGCACAGCCGUGAACACUUUGAAUCCCAACACAACACCAACCAGAAUGUUUUCUAAAAGAAAACCCCUUUACAGAUUCCCAUUCAUUCCUGUGUCUGUCCUUGUCAUCCUCCUCUCAUUCUUGUUUUUGUAUCAUUACUAUGUGAAACCUGAUUCCCAGUUCCUUGGAUUGUCCAAGACUUCAACAUCAUCACAUAUCCCUCAAUGCUCCACUCAAGCCCUUGCCUUAGGGGAGAAAUUCAUGUGGUAUGCACCUCACAGUGGGUUCAGCAACCAGCUUUCGGAGUUCAAGAAUGCAGUUCUAAUGGCGGGGAUACUGAAUCGAACUUUGGUUGUUCCUCCUAUUCUGGAUCACCAUGCUGUUGCCCUAGGCAGCUGUCCGAAGUUUCGGGUUGUGGAUCCAAAGGACAUUCGGAUCUCCGUUUGGGAUCACAUGAUCAAGCUUGUUCGGAGUGGAAGGUAUAUCUCCAUUGCUGAAAUUAUAGAUAUCUCAUCCUUAGUUUCUUCCUCUCUUGUUCGAGUGAUUGACCUUAGGGAUUUUGUGUCAAUAUGGUGUGGCAUCAGCUUAGAUUUGGCUUGCAUAUCAGAUGCAAAGUUGCAGUCCUCUGUUUCUAAAAGCCUAAAGGAAUGUGGAUCUCUGCUAGCUGGGCUCCAUGGUAGUAUUGAUAAGUGUACAUAUGCUAUCAAUAAAGAUUGCAGAACUACAGUAUGGACCUACCAUGACGAUGGCCAUGAAGAUGGCAUGUUAGAUUCAUUCCAACCCGAUGAACAGCUGAAGCAGAAAAAGAAAAUAUCAUAUGUUAGGAGACGGAAAGAUGUCUUUAAGACUCUUGGACCUGGUUCUGAGGUUGAACCAGCGUCACUGCUGGCAUUUGGAAGCCUUUUCUCUGCACCAUACAAAGGUUCUGAACUAUAUAUUGAUAUUCAUGAAUCUCAUCAGGACCAGAGGUUUCUAUCUUUGAUGGAGAAGACUAAACUUCUUCCAUUUGUACCAGAGAUUAUGAUUGCAGGAAAGGAGUUUGCUAAAGAAACCAUAAAGGCUCCAUUUCUUUGUGCACAACUUAGACUGUUGGAUGGGCAGUUUAAGAAUCAUCAAAAGGCUACAUUUCAUGGAUUAAAGCAAAAAAUAGAAUCUUUGAAGAGAGAAGGCCCGCUACCCAUACAUAUUUUCAUAAUGACUGAUCUUCCUGAAGAUAAUUGGACUGAUACUUAUUUAGGCGAUUUAACACGUGACAAGCAUAACUAUAAGGUAUAUUUUUUAAAAGAGUAUGAUGAGAUGGUUAAGCAAGCAGCCGUAAAACUCAUGGCAGCAGGUCAUGGACAGCGGUUCAUUUCAAAUUCAAAUACAAUUGGUAAAAAAUAUUGUUCCAAUCAGAGAUUACCAGAUCUACUUCUUUAUGUUGAGCAGGCUGUAUGCAGCCGUGCAUCUCUUGGUUUUGUUGGAACUCCUGGGUCAACAAUUGCUGAAAAUAUAGAACUAAUGAGAAAAUUUGGAUCAAGUUCUUAGCAAUGCUGAUGGCUUAGUGGAAAAUCACUUAUGUUAAUAGGGAUUUGAGGAUUGAUGGGGUGAAAGCUCAAUCAUGUUUGUACCAGGAGAUAAUUGAAUUAGCCAUGUUCUGAGUUACCUAUUCUUUACCCAAAUUUUGACAAUUACUCAGCUAUGCCAAACAACAGUCUUUUGUUAGGAGAUAGACACUCUACAGUCAAGAGCAUUGUGCUUAUUUUAGGUAUGAAAACCUUAUUUUCAUACAAAAAUAGUAAUUUCUU